AUGAACCGUCGAGAUGCCGCACGUCGUGCCGCACCCGUCGCGGCACAGAGCACCCCGAGCCCCCAACACAUCCAUGUGGCGCAACGUGAAGACCUCACACAACCACCCCCCUCCAUUUUUCCCUCCUUGUAUGAUCCCGAACAAACGCCCCCUGAAACCCAUCCCCCAGUUGAAAGCAAAAAACCCCACCCGCUUUUAUCGCCUUCACCUCAAGCCCCUUUACGUCGGGGUGUCGAAUCAAGAAGUCACUCUUAUCAUCCACAUGGCGCACAAGUCUUAGAAGAGUUCACUACUCCAUCCUCUCACGCACCCACUCGACAAGUCCUGGCAGGUUUUGCACAUGUAGACCCGCCUUGUCGCGUUGGGAUUUCCCCAGACAAGCUACCACAGGCAAUAUUAUCUAGGGCAUUACGUCGUCUCGGAAUUUCAAGCAACCGCCGAAAAGGCGUGCUAGCUACGCGGCUGCGCACACACGGAAUCGAUAGCCCGGAACGCAUAUCGACCCUUGCAAGAAAGUGGGAAGAGGUGGGGUGUGUUGAUGUGUCAAUUUUGGGAGGGCAGAUCAGCGGUUCUCAUCAAAAGAGUACCGCUGAGAUCUCGUGCCCCCAACUGGACCCGACAUGAAACAGCUCGUCUCUGUCAUGUGAUGGCUGAUGCUAGGAAUCCAACAGUGCUACAGUGCAUGUAUCAGAGGGCAGAGACGCGAGCGGAGCUUGAUGAAGGACGUCAUGACCCUUUUGCGCAUGAAUUUCAAGAUCUGUUCAAUGAUCGAGAAUUUGUACCAUCCCCACCGGAGCCCGUCGAUGGCAUUGUCAGUGAUUUGUUGAGUACAUUUGAUGCUAGCCUACAUCCCUUCCGGAGGGAUGGAACUACUUUAAAGCAAAGAUGGACUCGUCUGCGA